CGGAGGCGGAGGAGCAAUAACUGGGAGGGAGGCAGUUGGGGGAGUGUAAUUCGGGGCAUUGAUGGCGGAGCCCCGGAGGGUAGUGGUUCCUGUACCUGCGCAGCUCUGCCCCCGCCUUUAUUGCUUUUAAUUUCCCUCCCAAUUCCAUCCCCCAAUUCCAGCCCACAGUUUCAACGCGCACGCCCGGGCCGGAGCACUGCCGCUGCAGUAGUAUCCUAGCGUCGCGGGCGGGCAUGGGGAGCGGCAGCGGCGGCGGCGGCGGGAGGAGGUGGUGAUGAUGUACACGCGCGCGCGCGCGCUCUGGGCGGCGCUGCUGCUCGUCGCGCUGGCGGCGGCGGUGCCCGGGGCGGUGCGGGGGCAGGGCGGCCUCGCCUCGCGGGCGGAUCUCGCGGGGCUCUACACGCUGCGGGGCGCGCUCGGGCUGCGGGCGCGGGACUGGCCGCGCAAGGCGGACCCGUGCUCCGCGUGGGCCGGCGUGGGCUGCCGGGGCGGCCGCGUCGUGUCCGUCAGCCUCGCCGGCCUGCGGCGCACGCGGCUGGGCCGCCUCGCCCCGCGCUUCGACGUCGGCGGCCUGCGCAACCUCUCGCGGCUCGAGUCCUUCACCGCCGCCGGCUUCGGCCUCCCCGGCUCCAUCCCGGCGUGGCUCGGCGCGGGGCUCGCGCCCACCUUCCGGGCCCUCGACCUCUCCGCCUGCGCCGUCACGGGGGAGAUCGCCGCCUCGGCCCUUGCGGGGCUCAGCAACCUCACCACCCUCAACCUCGCCGGCAAUCUGCUCUCCGGGCAACUACCGGCCGCCGCGCUGGCGGGGCUCCCGAAGUUAGGGACUCUCAACCUCUCCGGCAAUGCCUUCUCCGGCGCGCUACCUGACGCGGUGUGGUCGCUCCCGGAGCUGCGCGUUCUCGAUGUGUCUCAGACUAACCUCACUGGCGCACUGCCGGGGGCAGGGAUUGCGCCGUCAGCCACCUUGCAGACGGUGGAUCUGUCUGGGAACCUAUUCUAUGGCACCGUGCAGGACACCUUCCGUCAGCUGUUCAACCGGGUGACGGCCAAUAUCUCUGGGAAUUACUUUGAGGGCAAGCUGUCAAGUGUUGCCGGUGGUGGAAAUGUGUCCUCUGAGAUGAACUGCUUCCUUGACGUUGCCGGGCAGCGUAGCCCGGAGGAUUGCCAACAAUUCUAUGCUGGGCGUGGACUGCCAUACGAUGGGCCGGUUGCCGCACCAACGCCACAGCCUGAGCCUGCGCCUUCGCCUGAAAAGAAGAAUGGAAGGCACAAGAAUUUGAAGUAUAUAUUGAUUGGGGCCAUUGGUGGCGGUGUCCUGCUUCUAGCCGUGGUUGCAGCCGUUGUGUAUUGCAUUGUGUGUUCUAGGAGGGGUAGGAGUGAUCAGAGGGAAAGUGGCGCUCCAAGUGCACCGUCAGGAGUGCAUGGGAGUUCAAGGGCUGCGGCAGCUACUGGUGCCACACAGCCUUCUGCCUCGCCCGCAAGUUUGGCAAAGGUUGGUGAUUCAUUUGCUUAUGACCAGCUCGCCAGUGCCACCUCGGGGUUUGCGGAGGAGAGGAUUAUCAAGCAUGGUCAUUCAGGUGAUCUAUACCAUGGUGUGCUCCAAGAUGGGACCACCGUGGUCGUGAAGAGGAUCACUACCCGUGUCGCUAGGAAAGAUGCGUAUAUGACGGAGUUAGAUUUAUUUGCGAAGGGAUUGCAUGAAAGGCUGGUGCCCUUAAUUGGUCAUUGCUUUGAUAAAGAGGAUGAGAAGCUUCUUGUGUAUAGGUUUGUCCGUAAUGGUGACUUGUCAUGUGCACUGCACAGAAAGACAGGGGAGGAAGAGGAGGGAAUGCAAUCGUUGGAUUGGAUAAAGAGGUUGAAGAUUGCAACAGGCGUCGCGGAGGCACUGUGCUACCUUCAUCACGAGUGUACUCCACCCAUGGUUCACAGGGAUGUGCAAGCCAGCAGUAUCCUCCUUGAUGAUAAAUUUGAAGUGCGUCUUGGAAGUUUGAGUGAAGUUUGUCGUCAAGAAGGGGAAAGUCACCAAAACGUCAUCACAAAGCUAUUACGAUUCUCAUCGACGGCGGAUCAAAGUUCUUCUGGUUCUCCAUCUGCAUCAUGUUCAUACGAUGUCUACUGCUUUGGAAAAGUAUUGCUGGAGCUGGUGACAGGGAGACUUGGUAUCAGUGCAUCAAGUGACGGUACAACAAGUGAUUGGCUUGAUAACACCCUGAGGUACAUCAACAUUUAUGAGAAAGAGCUCAUGAGCAAAAUCAUUGACCCAACCCUCAUUAUUGAUGAGGAUCAUUUGGAGGAAGUCUGGGCAAUGGCAAUUGUCGCAAAGUCUUGUUUGAAUCCUAGGUCUUCGAAACGGCCACCAAUGAAAUAUAUCCUAAAAGCACUUGAGAAUCCCUUGAAAGUGGUAAGAGAAGAUAAUGGCUCUAGCUCGGCCAGGUUGAGAGCAACAUCUUCAAGGGGUUCGUGGAAUGCUGCAUUCUUCGGGAGUUGGCGGCAUAGCUCGUCAGAGAUUGGUCCUUCAAGGGAUGAUAACAUGUUUAAGCGGUCAGAGACAAUCAAAUCAUCCGGCGGGAGCAAUGGUGAUCAUUCUUCGUCCCGCAGGAGGCAAUCUAAGGAGAUCUUCCCCGAGCCAUCUGGUUCUCGUGACACAGAGGAUUAAGGAUACUUCAUUCUAUCUUUUUGCGAUCCUUUGGGUUCACAGAGGUGGCUCUGUUGAAGCUCUGCUGCCAGCGUGUGAUUAGAUUCUUUCAGCUGAAAAGCCGGAGGGCGAAUUCGCCUGUUGCCAAUGACUUCGCAAGCAGCAGACUGUUGCCGAGGCACCAUUUUUUUGGGGUUGGAAUGUGAGGUGAGUGCAUGGAGGUCGGUGUAUACCCUGCCUGGUGCACUGUCUGGACGAUGGCGUGGAGUGGCUCUGGUUUCUCUUUCUUUUCCUUUUUUUCUCCUGGUCAUGGUUAAAGAGAAAAUGUCGAGCUGAUUCUUUUUCUCCUUCCUGCUGUAAUUGAUUGUUUCAUGGUUGAUCAUAGCAAAAAUGUUCGUUCCA